UUCACACAAGUGUCAUGGUUAUUGUUAGACAUUACAGUAUCCCACAAUUGCAAGUUUGCUGCACAAAUGAGCAUCUAGAUGCCUUUUACGUGCCAUAAUUUAGCUGGUGUCGCCCCAAAUCUGUCUGUUAAAACCCAUGUGAAUGCUCUCUGAUUAUGGUAUUGGAUCUGCUGGUGGGAUUAAACUCAUUAAUCAUAUCCAUCAGAAACGGAAUGAUAACUGUCCAGAAGAAUUAUUAAAAAAAUUAGUCCUAAGUCGUUGACAUCACCAACAGCAGCUUGUUGCUUACAUAAACCUUACAUAAAAGGUCAACUCAGUUUUGACGAAUCCAAAAAUGUUGGGUGAAUAUGUAACUGUAGUUGUCUUACAGGAGCGGCCGCUGGCUGAUGAGGAGAUAGAGGAGUUGCGGGAGGCAUUUGCUGAGUUUGAUAAGGAUAAGGAUAGUCUGAUCAGCUGUAAAGAUCUUGGCAACCUGAUGUGUACAAUGGGUUACAUGCCCACUGAGAUGGAACUGCUUGAACUUCGCCAAAACAUCAACAUGAACCUUGAAGGACGAGUAGAUUUUCAGGAUUUUGUUGACCUCAUGGCUCCAAAGCUGUUGGCAGAAACUGCUGGAAUGAUUGGGCUGAAGGAGCUGAAGGAAGCGUUUAGAGAGUUUGAUGUGGAUGGUGAUGGCUCUAUCACUAUAGAAGAACUGAAGCAUGCAAUGCAAAAGUUGCUGGGUGAAAACACAAACAGGAAGGAAAUAGAAGCUGUUAUACGAGAAGUUGACAACAAUGGAGAUGGAACCGUUGAUUUUGAAGAGUUUGUCAAAAUGAUGUCUAAAAAUUGAGAAUACACCUGAGAUGUUGAAGGUAUGCAGCAAAGAGUAAAACACCAAAACCAGCAUCAACCGUCGGACUCUUAAAACAUUCUCAAACUACAGAUGUAUUUGGAAACAGUAUUUUAUACCACUUUUUGUAUUAUUGUUGAAUGCCACAACUACUGACUCAUCCU